ACAACCAAAAAAAACGUGUUUUUGAUUAUUGGCUUGUUCCCCUCCGGCUUCUUCUUCUUCUCCUAACUCCUCUACAUUUCGUCCACAACUUUUUUUUCAGUAUUUCCAAUUUCAACAUGUCUCCCGACCAAAAACAUCGCUACAAGCUCUAUUACGUCAAUAUGAGAGGACGCGCCGAGCCAAUUAGAUUGGUUUUUCACUUUCUUGGUGUGGACUUUGAAGAUUACCGAAUGGAUAAAGGAGACUUCACUGGAGCUAUGAAAGAUAAAGCCCCAAUGAAACAGCUCCCUUUUAUCGAAAUCGAUGGAGGAAAGACUACUCUCUGUCAGACGGUAUCUAUUUGCCGCUACCUGGCAAAGUCAAUUCAGCCGGAUAGAUGGUUCGGCGGAGCUACCAAAACCGAUUCGGCCAAAGUGGACAUGAUGGCUGAUGGGUUUGCUGAUUUGUUCCAGCUUGCCGCAAUGGCUAAGUAUGCACCGGAUCCCAUCAAGGAUUCCAUGAUGGGGACCUACAAAGAGUCCAUUGGUCCAAAGCUGGAAAAUAUGCAAGAUUUGUUGAAAAAAAGCAAAGGAGAGUACUUCGUGGGAAAAUCGAUCCAUUGGUGUGAUGUCUACAUUCUUGGGGUGUUGCAGGCAUUGGAUGAGAGCGACGACGGUGUCUUCGACAAUCUUCCCGAACUCCGCGAGUACUAUCUCAGAAUGCGCAACCUGCCGGAAUUAAAGGAAUAUAUUGACGCCAACUGGCCGGAGACAAAAUACAAAGAGUGAUAACAUGUUUGAGUACCUGAUUGUGAUUUCUGUGAGAAACUAUGAUUCUGAUAGUGAUUCUGAACAAAUUCUGAUGUUUUAAUAUUUUUGAGUGCCAGUAAAUAUGUAUUUGGAGGUUUUGAAU